UCUGUACUGGAUCGAAGGUAAUUUUAGUCUGUGGUCAUAAAUACUUGUCAAAAAAGUGGUCCGAUAAAUAUUGUUUUAAUUAAAAAUCUUCCAAAAAACAAAUUAUUAAAAACAGCAUGAUAUUAGAAAAUGAAUAAAAUCAUACUUUCAUAAGAAUUGUCACUUGCUUAGUGACUCGGAUCUCCAAAGUAUAGAUAGGUCUAAAAACUCGAUUACUAAAAAUGUCGGGCGACCACAAAACAUUGAUAAAAGGAAGUCCAUCUCAAUACGUAAAAUUAAAUGUGGGUGGUACUUUAUUUUACACCACCAUUGGUACAUUAACGAAAAGUGACAAUAUGCUACGGACCAUGUUUAGUGGCAGAAUGGAAGUCCUCACGGAUUCAGAAGGCUGGAUACUGAUCGAUCGUUGCGGAAAGCAUUUUGGUACGAUCCUGAAUUACCUUCGGGAUGGUACAGUUGCUUUACCAGAUAGCUAUAGAGAAAUUAUGGAACUUCUGGCAGAAGCGAAAUACUUCUUGAUCGAAGAAUUGACAGAUUCUUGCCAGCAAGCACUUAGUAAGAAAGAAAGGGAGGCAGAACCCAUUUGUAGGGUUCCACUGAUUACUUCACAGAAGGAGGAACAACUUCUUAUUAUGUCCACAUCUAAGCCUGUGGUAAAAUUGCUCAUCAACAGGCAUAACAACAAGUAUUCCUAUACAAGCACAUCAGAUGACAAUUUGCUUAAGAAUAUUGAACUGUUUGACAAACUAUCGUUACGGUUCAGUGGGCGAGUUCUCUUCAUAAAAGAUGUAAUUGGAUCCAAUGAAAUUUGUUGUUGGUCAUUUUUUGGGCACGGUAAAAAGUGUGCAGAAGUGUGUUGCACUUCAAUUGUGUACGCUACUGAUAAAAAGCAUACCAAAGUUGAAUUUCCUGAAGCCAGAAUAUAUGAAGAAACGUUGGGAAUUUUACUUUACGAGAGUCGUAAUGGACCAGAUCAAGAUUUAAUACAAGCUACAUCGUCCAGAGGUGCUGUCGGUGGACUUUCUUGUACCAGUGACGAGGAGGAAGAGCGCUCUGGUUUGGCCCGACUAAGAUCAAAUAAACAGAACAAUCAAUCUUAGCGGUUACAGUCAGGCUUGGCCCGCCUGAGGAGCUCCAAACGUACUAACGUUUGAUACCAAGCCGGUUACUUCCUACCAAUAUUAUGCUGGCUGCCAUGCUUUGGUAUUUAAGACCUAACUAAACUAUUAACUUUUCUGUGAGUCUGUCUAUACCUGUGACCUCUGAGAUAAACAAAGUGAAGCAUUUACUCUAUGAACUUGGGGAAUUGGACAAUAUAUUUGUGUCUAGAAUUAGUAGAUAUUGAAAAGUAUGAUGUUUUUAAUGCAAAACAUUCCAUCAUCAUAAAAUAUAUUUAUACAGUUUAUAAUGAACAUAAAUACAGAACAUUUUGCUAAAUUAUGGACUUGUAUAACAAUGUAUAGCAUAUUUUUUAGUUUUCAGUUUUGCAUUAAAAAUCCAUAAACUAAAAUGUAAAACAUAUUCCAUAUUCAGUCCAUUAUUAAUUUGUAUAUAAUUAAAAUUUUUAUAACAGUAUUGUAAAUGUAAGAUGAUUACACAAUAUAAUUUCUAUUCUAUUUCAAUUAUUUAUGUUUCUAAUUUCAAUGUCCUAUUGCACGAUCAAAUGUUACUCUGAUUAAAUAGCAAUAUCAUCUAAUUUCCUUUCACAAAUAAAUGUAAAAUUCUAGUUGAAUAAUAUUAUUAUAAAAUACUUAAUCUUAGAAUAAUGUAAUAAUUAUGUGCAAACUUUGCAAUACACUUGAUUAAAUUACAUUUAGGAAAUAGCUAAUAAUUAAUAAUGUCACACUUGAUACAAGCUCAAGUAAUUUGCCAAAUGAAUGUGAAAUUCUAGCUUCAGAUAGUAUAAAAAGCUCAUAAUAUAAAUUGUAAUCAAUGUAACUUAGGCUUAAUGAAUUGGUAAAUUACAUUUAUAUUUAGGUGCAAUUAUCUAAAAUUUUGUCUUAUGUAAAUAUGGCACAAUUAAAUGAGGAUCAUGUUUGUUUAGAAACUUUAUUUAUUUUCUGGAUACAUAAUUAUACUUGUGCGUAAAUAGCUUUCAAUGUGAGUAGAUUAAUGACUGUAACAUAAUAUUACGAUUUUUCUAAUUUAAGGUACAGUAAACACUCAAUCAAACACUCAUUGGGGAGUACCUUAAAAAAAAUGUGUUUUUUCAAGUGUAAUAUAUAAUAAUAAAUAUAAUAUUAUAUACUGGAAAAAACACAUUUGUUUAGAUGCAAUAAUUUUUUUGGAAGUUAAAAAAAUAGCCUCCAGUAAAAUAGUGUUUUUAGAGAUAUAACAUUAUUGCAGCAAAGAUGCGACAUGCUAGUGGACAUUUACACAUUGAAGCUAUUUCCUGACAAGUGAAUUAUAGUGGAUGAAUUUAUGAAAAUAUAAUGUACAUGGUAAGUGUAAUGAUCAACAAUGUGCAAUGAAUUUUCUCUCAAAAUAGGAGAUAUUGCUACAAAUUAAUCAUAAAUAAAUGUUAUUAUAUUGGUGUGUUCAAUGGUAAUUGUCUAAUUAUGAUGUAUGUAAUUUCGUCUAAAUAUUAUAGUGAUCUUAUGAUGCCAAUAAAAUAAGUGGGAAAAAAGAUUGUGACAUCAAAGUCUAGUCUUAUAUUUAUUGUUCCAUUUCUUGUAUUGUUUGUAUGUACUUAUAGUAGUGCUCUGUGGUGUAGUUAUUAUGACUGAAACAAGAAAAUAAAUCAAGUUAGUUCUAUUCUAUGGACACGGACAGUAUGUGUACUAGUUUAAUAGUUAGUGUAGCUUGCUCUGAUUACCGCUGGUGUAACUAGACUAUCUAAGCCUCUAGGGCCUGUGGCAAAUUCUAUUCUGUACCUAUUACAAUAAAUAAUAGUCAUUUUAAACAUACAUACACAUUGACCUUUUAUAAUAAAAGGAUGCAUAAUCGUGUAGGAAAUUUCACUUUGACAGUUUUAAAUAUAGUCCAAUAUUCAACAAAAUCCCAAAUUCAGAGCAAAUUGAACCUUAAAGAUUGAGUUUAAGGUUGAAUUUGCAAAUGCGACUACUUGAAUUGAGUGCCAAGAAGUUGCGUUUGGCACUCAUUGAGUGGGGACGUUUUUUGGUCGCUAAUUGUGCAUCCACUUUUUUAAAGGAGAUUGAUGUACAUACAUCAAAUAGUAUGUAUGUUUAAAAUUUCUAGGCAUUUCAUUAUUUGGCUGUUGAAUUUAAUUGCAUCUCUUUAUUUCUUGAUUAUGUAACAUCUAACUAGUCAUGGUUCAUAUGAGUUUUAUGCAAGCAACACUCGACUGUUUAUAAUGAAGGCUGGCCUUAAUUUGUAUGGUUUGCAUUAUGAACAGAGGUUAUAAUUAAUUCUAUUUGAGGCUAUUCAUUUCUUAUUUUUAUUGUUGCAAUUUGUGUUUGAACAUGAAUAUAUUAUUUCUUUUGUUUACUUAUCUUAUAGCAAUUUUAGUAAGCGCAUCUGUUAAUGUGAUUCUUUAUUUCAAAAGACAAUGUUUUAUUUGUACAAUGUCUAAUAUUAAUCUAUUUAUGUAACAGUAAAUCUUUAUGAAUAUUCUCUUAACUUUUAUGAAAUAUAUGCUCACUAUUUAGCUGUCUAA